UCCAUUUGCUCCUUGAGGACCAUCCGUUGAAUGCUUAGGCGGGGGGUGAUGGCAGCUCUGUUGUCACUUGUCUUGGUGGCAGUCUCAGGGAUCCUAAUCACAGAUACUCAUCAUCUCAGCAAUUCGACUCUUUAUCGCUUGACCCAAAUGUUGCUGCAGAACUAUCAUAAGGGAGUGAGACCGGUUCAAAACUGGACUCAGGUCACAACUGUUUACCUGGAUUUAUCAGUCCAUGCUGUAUUGGAUGUGGACGCACAGAAUCAAAAACUAAAGACUAGUGUAUGGUACCAAGAGAUUUGGAAUGAUGAGUUUUUAGCCUGGAACUCCAGUAUGUUUGAUGGGAUAGGAGAAAUCUCCCUUCCACUGAGUGCCAUCUGGGCCCCAGAUAUCAUCAUCAAUGAAUUCAUGGACAUUGAAAAAUCGCCUGAUCUUCCCUAUGUUUACGUGAACUCAUCUGGGACCAUUAAGAACAAUAAGCCCAUCCAGGUGGUCUCUGCAUGCAGUUUGAAGACAUAUGCUUUCCCAUUUGAUACACAGAACUGCAGUCUAACCUUCAAUAGCAUCCUGCACACAGUGGCAGAUUUAGAUCUUGCCUUCCUGAGGAGCACAGAAGACAUUAAGAAAGACAAAAAGACCUUCAUGAAUGAUGGCGAAUGGGAACUCCUUUCUGUGCCUUCAACCUACCAAGUCAUGCACAGUGACGCUGGCGACUUUGCACAGAUUCAGUUUCAUGUGGUGAUCCGGAGACGACCAUUGGCCUAUGUGGUAAAUCUGUUGAUUCCCAGUAUCUUCCUCAUGGUUGUGGAUUUAGGCAGCUUCUUUCUACCCCCAACCUGCCGCACCAGGAUUACUUUCAAGACCAGUAUCCUGGUGGGCUACACAGUCUUCAAGGUCAACAUGUCUAAUGAGGUACCCAGGAGUGCAGUGAGCACGCCUUUGAUUGGUGUCUUCUUGACAAUCUGUAUGGUCUUCCUGGUUGUCAGCUUAUCUAAGUCUAUCCUUCUGGUUAAGUUCCUCCAUACAGAAAGAAGUAGUAGGCAGGACCAUCCCCUCUUUUGUUUCCAAAGGACCUCCAGGGCUAGACCAGUGGAUGGUGCCCAUCUGACCAGAACUUCUUUGACUGUAGCUGACUCCCCAACAGAUGUUCCUCCCUGUCACGAGCACCAGCCUCAGGUGGGGUUUCUGGAGGAGGCCCUGGCCCAGCUCCAGUCCAUCAGCUCUUGUAUUCAGGCUCUGGACCAGGCUGCCCAACAGGAGGCUUCAUGGCUUACAAUUCUGUACCGAUUUGACAAGCUUUUGUUCCAGGGUUACCUCCUGGUUCUGGGAGUGUAUACCAUCACACUCUGCUCCCUGUGGGCAGUGUGGAGUUCUCUGUAA